CGCAGUACGUGUGUACGUCCUGUACCCAAACAGCAGCCGAGGGUUCAGAGAGCAGAUGGAGGUGCGGUGAAGUAUUUGGCCAUACACUUGUCGGACAACAGACAACGCUUUUGCUUUCACUUCUUCAGUGUGGAUAGACUUUAGAGAGCAAAGCAGCCUUCGCCAUGGCUGCUGCUGUUGCCACAUCCACCAAAGGCAGCCUCAGAGAGGACCUGACAUGUGCCAUAUGCUGUGACCUGUUUCGGGAGCCUGUCAUGUUGGCCUGCAUGCACCACUUCUGCAAACCCUGCAUCUCCAGGUACUGGAGAGGAACUCAGGGGCCUGUAACCUGCCCACAGUGCCGCAAAGAGUUCAGCUCCAAGCACUUUCAAACAAACUACCUUGUGACAGCCAUGGUGGAGAAGGUCCGGGCCACCACCUCAGACACUUACAUUAAGAACCUAGAGAGACAGCUGAAAGAGACUUUGGAGAGCCACCGCCUGAGGAAGGAGGACUUCAUCAGCAGCAUUCGCAGAGACAAAGACAAGAUGGAUACCAUAAAGAGAGUCGGAGCAGAUCUGCAGGCUCGUGUCAAAGGGGAAUUCAGAGCUCUCUAUCAGAUCCUGCACGAUGAGGAGACCUGCGUGCUCGAGCAGCUCAGAAGAGAGCAGGAGGAGGAGCUGGAGAAAGUCCAGCACCACCUGGAGGCCACGGAGCUGGCCGUGAGGGAGCUGGAGGACAAUAUAAGGGCGCUACAGCAGGCCAGCGCUGCCACUGAGAACACUGUACUGAGCGAGCUCCCACAGCUUAGGCCUUGUGUGCAGGUGGAUAUUGCCCCGGAGUUUGAUAUAAACGUGUUCAGCAACAAAUACAUGGCCCCAUUACAGUACAUCACAUGGAGAAAGAUGUUCAAGUCUUUGAAACCAGGUCCUUCCCCAUUAACAUUUGAUGUCGACACAGCGCACCCAAGCAUUCAUGUCUCCAGGGACAAAACUGCGGCAGUCGAAUGCGCCAUUAUGAUCCCACAUACAGACCACAACAAGCGCUUCCUCCAGUGCGUCAACAUUCUGGCUUCCCAGGGCUUCCAGUCAGGCCGACACUACUGGGAGGUAGAAGUGGGCUCCAAACCCAAAUGGGACCUGGGUGUCGCCUCUGAGGCCGUAGACAGGCACGCUCGGAUCAAGUUGAGCCCCGAAAGUGGCUACUGGACACUGCGGCUGCGUAACGGGAGCGAGUACUCAGCCGGCACACAGCCGUGGACAAGGCUGCAGCUCAGCUCUUUCCCACAGAGGCUCGGAGUUUUCUUAGACUGCGAGGAGAGGAGGGUGUCCUUCUACAACGCCGAUGAUAUGAGUCUGCUGUACUCUUUCACCAAUGGGCCAAGGGGCAAAGCGUUUCCCUUCUUCAGCCCAUGCAUCAGUGACAGCAGUCAGAAACCACCGCCUAUCAAACUGCUCCACUACCCUCCUGUUGCCCUGUCUGGCUAACGUGGGUGCAAUCAAUAAAAGCUUUUCAGUAUGCAAGUGCUGUCCAUUCACGUAUUGACCAAUGACUGUUAUCACUCAGCUGUUAAGAGACAGCACUGCAGUUGUAAGCAUUCGGUUCCAUAUAACCAGAGUUUAAAAUUCCAGAUUGUUCUCUUAUUGCAUGCAUCUAUUUUCUAUCUGAAAUGAACCUUAAAAGCCUUGAAAUGUUAUGAAAUUUGCCAUAUUCAGCACGUAAUAAAGUUAUAUUGUGCUGUGAUGGCUCUGAAGAGGCUCAUUGGAUUUGCAAGAGCAAUCAGCAGACACAAAAACACUAUAUUCAACCAUUUUGGGAUGAAUAAAGUGAAGCUUAGAUGCAGCAAAUUACUUUUUGAGACGUGCUGGUUCUUCACUGUAUAUAUUUCAAUCAAAUAUCUUAAAUAGAUGGAGAUGCUUGACCUUUUAAAUAAUCUGAAUAAUUAGCUCUUCUCAAGUCAGACUAUCCUUUGACUUGCAUGUAAAAGGGUUUUUUAUCACUAUUGAGUUCAGUUAGCAACAAAGAAUUGUGCACUUCACUGUGAGGUUUUACAUUUGAUUAAAUGGUUCUUCAUGUUUUAUACAUUAGUCUGAAAUUACACUGUUCUGCCUUUUUAUUUCCGAUGCAUUUUCUGAUUACGUUGAACUCCCAGAUGUAACCUCACAGCUCCUUUAGAGUUUUUCUGAUGACUUCUAGCAGCUGCUGUUGAUUUGUCAUUAUGUGUACAUUCAUUUAUAUAAAUUUAUGUGCCUACAUUUGAACAUGUGAUAUAACUCACUUCAUUUUUUUUUGCACAAGAAAAUAACUUUAAUGUAAUUCUUUGCAGGAUUCAGUUUAUCCAGUAUAUUUUGAUUGUUUUCAUUGCACGUCAGUUAGAAGCUCAGCUGUAAGACCUACACAGUUGCUGUAAAACCUGCUGAUGCAAACAAUAAACCAAAUCACUUUUUCUUUUUUAAA